UGGCUGUCGGCGCUCAAUAUACACACCCCGCGGGAGCCCUCCUGGCCAUUUCUAACUAUGAAUAGCGUCAUCGGGUGGGCACUGGCACUGAUGUGCAUCGGCACCAUUAGCCUUCAUGUGGCUACAGCUGGCAGGCCUGGGACUCUAGGCAGAGUGCGGCCUACUGGAUUAGCUGGUCGGCGCUUCGCGCUUCAGGGACCUGAUGGUGUAGUUUACUCCUUCUCGCCGGAUGAUCUGGACGAGAGCACGUCGUCGGAAGAGAAAGGUAAACGUCCCCCAAACAGCCAUCAACGACCGAAGCAUCCGCACGGUGGGGGCAAGCACUCACACCAUUAUCCGCACCAUCACUCAUCACCGGAACAAACUAAACCUCUCGCUGAAAGCGAUAAUCCCCCGUACCAGUAUAGCAACACCGAUGAUCCUUCACAUGUCAAGCCUCUUGGCGGAGAGCCUGUUGAUACGCAACCAACUGGGGAAAAUCCACGCGGUAUACCGCCGGCUUACCUUCCACCCAGCAGGCCACCGGUUCCUGCAAAGUACCCCGAUUUGAUAGAAGCAGGGGCUCCCCCAAAGCAUAAGCACCACGAAAAAAUGACGGAUGUGCCGAACUCACCGCUUCCAGAAAAGUACCCAGAUUUACACGGAGGCGAUGGACCACUGAACAAUUUUUCACUGCCUCAAUAUAGUCCAGAUGCGACCAGGGAGGUGCUUCCUCCAAACAACAAGCACCCCGACAGACCACUGCAAUCUGUGCCAGCUUACCCAGUUGGCGAGGGUCCACUGCCGGCAAAGCCUCCCGUUGAGCUGUACGAUAAUCCUCUUCCCGCAGCCACAGAAAACAAACCUGACGUUGUGCCGCCGCCUCCUUUAGGUGAAUUGCCGCCGAAGGGAGAAGCGGAAGUAGUAAAUCCGGAAGUCAAGCCCGCACCGCCGUUGGGACAAAGCGUUCCUUCGGCGCCAGAAGAACAGCCUGCUUUGCCCCCCAAGGACAACGAGAGCGCCCCUCCCAUCGUAGCUGCUGGCCCUUUGGCACCUCCUUCCAUAGGAAAGGCGCCGCCUGACUGUCCUGUGUGCCAGUGCACGUGCCCGCAGCAGCCAUAUGCAGGCGGAUUCCCGGGUUUCCCCAACGCUGGAUAUCCAAACUUUGGUGGUGGCUUCGGUGGCUACCCUAACGGAUUCCCUCAGGGUUUCCCCGGUUAUCCUGGUGGAUUUCCUCAGGGUGGUCCUCAAGGACCUCACUAUGGUCCCCAAGGACCUCAGAGCCCAGGCUACCCUGUUCAAGGCAACACGCAGAUUCCUCAGCGCCCCAAUUAUCCUAAUGCGGAAGCACCUCAGGGUCCUGGAUAUCCGGGCUACACGCAUGGACCCAGCGGUUACCCUCAGGGAGUUAGCCCUGCAGGCAACCAAAGUCCAGGUUAUGAUCAAGGACCUCAUGGCUUCCCUCAAGGACCCAACAAUGGAUUGCCAGGCCAGCCGCAACUGCCAAACUAUACGCCUGGUGAAUCACAAGGAUCCCUUCCAUUGGAACCUCCUAAUGUUCUUAGACCGGGCAAACAAGAUGACGUGGGAUUAGAAAACGACAAACCAGGCCCGAAGCCGGACGCCAAGAGUCUUGAUGUAGAGUCGCCGCGCGAUGAAAGGGUUCCCGCGGAGUCACAAUAUGUUCCCCAAGUUGUGCGGCCGCCAAAGGUGGACUACCAGCAAUGCAGCGGCCCGUCAUGUCCUCACGUUCUCAAGGAAGGACCAGGUGGCUCGAAUGACGCUGAAUUGGUGCCACAUGAGAAGACGAAGGACGUCGACGACUGUCCCUGUCGUCAUCACAAAGAAAAGCCUGUAAUCUUUCUGCCACCUUCGAAGACAGAGUGCGCGGGCCCCGACUGCCUGCCAAGAGAUCCGGUCACCCCUCAGCCUUCGGAGCAAACACCGUACGCGCCGGAGGUUAAGCUACCUGAGAAACCACUCAACUCCUUUAUACCCUUGAUCCCUGAUAAUCCCAAGUACCCUGACGUCAUUCCUGAAAAUCCUCAAGGGCCAUCCUCUGGGCCUGAAAAGUUCCUGCCUGGAGGCUCAGCGUAUCCGGUGCCACCGACGGAUGGAAAAUCGCCGCCGGUAGCUGGGCGAGACGAGGCCACAUUGAAGCCUUUGCCGCCCGCUGCACCCAGCUACCCUGUUCUCUCACCUCAGGCAACUGAUCAACCUGCCUAUCCGGGGGAUAAACAAGUUCCACCUGCGCUGCCUUAUGGUCCCGCCGACUUGCCACUUCCAGGGGGUCCGGGCUACUCCUUGGACAAACCAUCCGCAGUUCCCCUCAAUGUCGAGCAACCAGACGCGCCUAUCGUGCCCGGAGGCUACCCCGUGGAUAUACCGCAACCUCAGCUGCCGUCUGCCGAACCGGAAGCACCUCCGGUUAUCACAGCUGGGGGUCCAGGCUACAUUGCAGACAAGCCAUCCGUGGUUCCUGUCAGUGAUGGGGCACCAGCUGCGCCUGUCGUGCCCGGAGGCUACCCCGUGGAUAUACCACCUUCUGCCGAACCGGAAGCACCUCCAGUUGUCGCAUCCGGCAAGCCUUUCACUCCGUCCUCUUGGCAAUACGCGCAAUGCGGCCUUCCCUCGAAGAGACCCUCGUCCCUUCGCGGAUCAUUCCCUUGGCAGGCAACUUUGGCGAAGAAAGUGGGGAGCUCCAAGCGCUACUUCUGCGCCGCCACCCUGGUCUCGCCCAAGCACAUCCUGGCACCUGGACACUGUGUAGUCAAGCUGGCGGGCACUCCGGACGCCCUAGUGGUGCAGCUGGGCAACCUGCUCAAGAACGGCGAGCGGAACACCUACGGCGUGCACGCGAUCACCAUGCACCCAUCGUACUCGAGCGACUCGCCGGCCGCCAAUCUGGCCAUUAUCACGCUGGACAGGGAGGCCACUCUGGACGAUGACGUGCACCCAAUCUGUCUGGCCGAGAACGACGCCACCUCACUCGACGAUUACGACUGUUUCGCUACCGGCUGGCCGAACAGCGCUCUGAAGGUGAACCGGUACGACACGCUGCGCAAGAUCCCGGUUCCGACUAUGCCCAAUGAUGUCUGCCAAGAAAAGGUCAAGUCCGAAUCCUCGCUGGGAUCCAGCUAUAACCUAGACAACCACUACGUCUGCUGCGCCAUGCCGCAAGGGGUCAUCUCAUUCCAGUCAUGCACCGGUGGAGGCCUGGCCUGCGUCCCCAAGAGCGGCACUGGCCGAUAUGUGUGUCCUGGCCUGGCAACCUUCAAGGAGGACGUGAGCAUGGGCCCCAGCAUCAGCGGCAUGUUUCUGCGCGUCGGUGACCACAUCCCCUGGAUACAGUCCGUGCUGUCCAAGGGAGACUGAGAAGCUGUGUACGCAGAAUGAGUAUCUUCUAAUAAACAGAAAUGCAGUGUCA